AUGGGCAGAGUGCUGCUACUUGUGGUCGCCCUGGCGACACUGCUGGCGUUGUGCAUCGCCGCCCCCACGGACAGCCGCCCACGACGCCGCCCCACGUUUGAUUGGAUGCGCAGGAAGCUCCGUCCCCCACAAGUCACAUCCAGAGCUGGCAUCGAACAGCUGUGGUUCGAGCAAGUCUUGGACCACUUCGAUUCUACCAACACUGCAACCUGGAAUCAGCUCUACUACAGCAACGGCGAGUACUACAGCCCUGGAGGCCCCGUCUUCCUCUUCAUCAGCGGGGAGUCUGAAGCCAGCGACACGUGGCUGGCUGGAGGCCACAUGUACGAGCUGGCCGUGCAACAUGGCGCCUUCAUGUUCGAACUGGAGCACCGCUACUAUGGUUCCAGUAGGCCCACGUCCGACACGAGCGCGGCGAACCUGCGCUACCUGAACUCGACGCAGGCACUGGAAGACCUGGCCACCUUCAUCCGGCAGCAGCGCCAGGAGAACCCUCAGCUGGGCGCCGCCAAGUGGGUGGUGUUCGGCGGCUCGUACGCCGGCAACCUGGCCGCCUGGGCGCGCCUCCGCUACCCGGACAUCAUCGACGGAGCCGUCGCCUCCAGCGGACCCGUCCUCGCACAGGCCAACUUCCCAGAGUACCUGGAAGUGGUGGCCGAGAGCAUGCAGACGUUUGACUCAGAGUGUGUGUCUGCUGUGGCCGAAGCCACACAGGAGUUUGAGGAGCUGCUGCAGAGUGACGCCGGAGUCUCCUCCAUCAACGAGAUGUUCGGGCUCUGCUCACCGCUGGACCUGUCCAAAGAGUACGAUGUGGCGGGGCUGAUCAGUUUCGCCGCCAACAAUUUCUCCGGGCUGGUGCAGUACAACGCGGUCGACAGCACCGGAAUGAGCACCGUGCAGCAGUACUGCGAGGCCCUGCGCAGCACCAGCGGGGACUCGGCGCUGGAGCGCCUCACCAACUACUUGGGGUUCGAUGGCGAAACAUCCUGCGUCGAUCCCGACUACGAAGCUUCUUACCAAGACUAUCAGAACACUGACUGGAGUGGUGAUGGCAUGCGCCAGUGGCUGUGGCAGACGUGCACAGAGUUCGGCUACUAUCAGACCACGGACUCCGCCAACCAGCCCUUCGGCAACAGGAUGACGCUGCCUUACUUCACUGACAUGUGUGCCUUACUUUACGGCUCAGAGUACACGGCGGAGCGAGUGGAGGAAGGCGUGACGAACGCCAACUUGCUGUACGGGGGUCGCAACCCCGACGUCACUAACGUCGCCUUCGUGAACGGCGGCCUGGACCCGUGGCACAGACUGGGAGUCCUCGAGGACAUCAACGAGUCGUCUCCAGCCAUCGUCAUUGAGUACGAGUCUCACUGCUCGGACCUGUACUCCCCGUCACUUCUGGACAUCCCACAGCUGACGGCAGCCCGAGAGAGGAUUGCGCAGCUAGUCGCCCAGUGGAUCAGCUAG